CUGCUGCAGGAGCUGUGCACGGUGUUUAACGUGGACCUGCCGUCUCGCGUGAAGUCCUCUCAGCUCGGCAUCAUCAGCAACAAGCAGAGCGGCAGCAGCAUCGUCACCCCGCAGCCCAGCUCCUGCUCCUACAUCUGCCAGCACUGCCUCGUGCACCUGGGAGACAUCGCGCGGUACCGUAACCAGACGAGUCAGGCGGAGUCGUACUACAGACACGCCGCUCAGCUGGUCCCGUCUAACGGUCAGCCGUACAACCAGCUCGCCAUCCUGGCCUCGUCUAAAGGAGACCACCUGACCACCAUCUUCUAUUACUGCCGCAGCAUCGCCGUCAAGUUCCCCUUCCCUGCAGCUUCCACUAACCUGCAGAAGGCUCUGUCCAAGGCCCUGGAGAGCCGAGACGAAGUGAAAACCAAGUGGAGCGUCUCAGAUUUCAUCAGAGCCUUCAUCAAGUUCCACGGCCACGUCUACCUGAGCAAGAGUCUGGAGAAGCUGGACGCUCUGAGGGAGAAACUGGAGGAGCAGUUUCAGAAGCUCAUCCUGCAGAAGGCCUUCAGCUCCCAGCAGCUGGUCCACAUCACGGUCAUCAACCUGUUCGAGCUCCAUCACCUCAGAGAGCUGCCGUCUGAAGAAGGGGAGCCGAGCUGCAGCGAGCAGCCAAUCAGCUGGUUCCAACUGCUGGGGCUCUUCAUGUCCUUCCUGGGCGUCAUGUGCAGCCGAGCUCUGCUCAACAAGAGUCGUGGGGAGGAGAUAAUGGGCGAAUGUCCUCUUCCCGCCAUCAAAGUGUCUCUUGAUUGGCUCAGGCUGAGACCCAGCGUCUUCCACGAGGCCGCCGUCGACCAGAGGACGCAUAUCUGGCCCUGGCUCGUCUCCAUCCUCAACAGUUUCCAGCCCAAAGAGGACGACGUGACCUGCCCCUCAGUGACGCCCCUGCCGGAGGAGUUUGAGCUGCAGGGUUUCCUGGCUCUGCGUCCCGCUCUCAGGUCCCUGGACUUCACUAAAGGACAUCAAGGAAUCCUGGUGGACCGGGACGGGCUGCCGCUGCAGACCCGCCACCAGAGGCUCAUCAGCCUGGGGAAGUGGGUCGCUGACAACCAGCCGGGUUUGAUCCAGUGCAGCGUGAGUGAAGAUGGUCUCCUCCUCUUCAUCACCGAUAUCCCCGAGCAGGCCAUCGAGGAGCCGCUGGAGAAAGAGAAGGAGGUGCCGGUUCUUCAGGAGUCGUCUAACGCCGAGCAGCAGCCAAACGACGGGUCAGGGAACUCCGGUUUGAAGUCUGUGCUCUCAGCGGGGAAGACGCAGAGCUCGUGGCCUGACGGCGGAGAACGGCCCGUCGUCACCUUCAAGGAAAACAUCAAACCCCGAGAGCCGAGUCGCAGUCAGCAGCUGAAGGACAGCGGGAAGGAGAGGCGAGACUUCAACAAGGGGAACGGGGCUGCUGCUGGGAAAACAGAGCCCAAGAGAGAGAGAGACGGCAAGAGGAAGAGCGAGAUGAAGAAAGCCCCGCACGAGAAAACAGCCGACGCCGGGAAACAGGUGAAGGCUCAGACAGAGCUGAGGAAGACUCCAGUGUCCGAGGCCAAGAAGACACCUGUCACUCAAACUCAGACCCAGACCCAGACUCAGUUCAUCCCCAUCCACCAUCCAGGAGCCUUUCCCCCCCUACCCAGCAGACCUGGUUUCCCCCCCUCUGCCUAUGUGAUCCCCCCCCCGGUGGGCUUCCCUGGUCUGCAGGUGAACCCCGGCUUCACCUUCUCCUCCGGGGUCUCCGUGCCCCCCUUCCUGCAGGCGGGGGUGCUCAGCCAGCAGGGGGUCCAGGGGGGUGGGAAGCCGUCUCACAUCCCCUACAGCCAGCAGAGACCCUCAGGACCCCCUCAGGGACCAGGAGCCUCGGGGGGGCAACAGCAGCUGCAGGUCCAGGCCAUGAACCAGAACCACCAGCAGCAGCAGAGCCCCACCAAACCAGGGGGGCAGCAGAUGGGGAAGAGCCCCCCCCACCACCCAGGGCUGCAGCAGUACAUGCAGGAGCAGCCGGCUCAGAUGUGGUCUCAGGCCCAGGCGGCGCUCCAGAAUCUGUCUCCGAUGCAGAUGUCCAUGAAGCACAGCCGCCCCCCCCAGCAGGGCUUCUACAUGACCCCCGACCCCCUGAAGAUGUACGAGCACCAGCUGCAGUCCCCCGCCUCCAUGGACAAGAAGAUGAAGUUCCCCAGCGUGAAGAUGCAGGACUUCUACUGGGAGCCGUCCUACAGGAUGGGAGAGGGGCUGGCAGUGAUGGCCGACCGCAUGAAGAGGGCCCCGCCGGGGGGGAUGUGCUCCGAGCAGGAGGGCCAACAGGGGCCCCGCGGACCCCCGUUUGAGGACCACAAGAGUUCUCCUCUUCCUCUUCCUGACCUGUUCAAAACUCUAGCAGAUUUUGAGGAGGAGGAAGAGCUGGCGUUCUCUAAGCCUCCUGAUUUCUUCCAGGCGUUGGCCGGUCCUCUUAGCUCUGCGCCUGGACCCAACAUAUUUCUGCCCAAUCAGAGCCGGAUGGAGAGCGGCCCCGAGGUCGUCGGCCAAUCAUCUUCUCUGCUGCCUAUGUCUGGGUUCCCCAUGCAGGAGUACAACCAGAACAGCAUCUUCAGUCAGGCGUACGGGAAGAGCCUGCCUCCCAGCUCCAAGCCCGAAGCUCCCAUGAUGCACCAGGAGCCGUCGCUCUACUCCCUGUUCGAGGGCACGCCCUGGUCCCCCUCCCUCCCCGCCAGCUCAGAUCACUCCACCCCAGCCAGCCAGUCCCCCCACUCCUCUAACCCCAGCAGCCUGCCCUCCUCCCCCCCCACCCACAACCACGGAGCCAUGCCCUUCUCUAACUUCGGGCCCAUCGGCACUCCGGACAGCCGGGACCGCAGGGUGGUGGACCGCUGGAAGGCCGACAAGACCGGAUUCGGGCUGGACUUCCUGCCAGCGCCGGCCUCUUCGGGGUCUGACAGCAGCUGGCAUCAGGCCCCGCCCCCCGGCAGCUCCUGGGCCAAUCAGGAGUCUCCGAUGGAGGAGUCGUCCACAGUGCUGCUCGACAGCCUCAAGUCCAUCUGGUCCGGCUCCAUGCUGCAGACGGGCCCCUCGGCUCUGGAGCAGCUCCUCCUGCAGCAGAAGCAGAAGCAGCGCGGCGCCAUGAACCCGCCGCACUGAAACCCAGCCGGGCGGCGCCGAGAGUCGCAUCCAACGCACCCAACGGGAGGAGAGAGAACCGCCCAGUUUGACCCAAACCAGCUCCAACUCAAAAAUGGGAAAUUAAACCUUAAAGCGAGAGAAAAGGUGGGAGGCUGGGGAGGCGAGGAGCCCCACGAGGACCGAGGACCAGAGGGCGGAAAUAUGAACAUUGAGGAACAUAUUCGCCCCCAAAACUCACCAUUGUAACCCCCAGAACUCACCUUUGUAACCCCCAACUCACCAUCAGAAACCCCCCUUACUCCCCUGUUAAGGACAGAUUCCUCCCUCACCGAAAAAUAAAUAAAAAACCUUGUGGGCGUCUACAGGUCCGGUUCGAGCGCCUGUUUUUAGCGUCUCAGCCGCCGCAGAUUGACGUGAGGUGUGUGAGAGGGGGGCAGAGGGGGGGGGGUCAGGUGAGGCACCGGGAGGGGGGUCAACAUAGACUUUCUGAUCUCUUUAUUCAUUUUCAUUGCUGAGAAGGAGGAAGGAAGGAAGGACCGGGUUGGGGGGUCGGCUAUAUAAAUAUAUCAGUCAAUAUAUUGCCAUAGUUGGACUUUUUGAGCCUGAAACACCCAGCCCCCCCCAAUGAAGAGUUCUGAGGGGGGGGGAAGACUCUGAGGUCACAGGGAGGAAAGCAGUCCGAGAGACAUGUUAAAAAAAAACACAAAAAAACGUAGCGAUAGCAUUAGCGUCACGAGGUCGCAGAUAUUAACAAAAAAAAUGAAAUCUGGUGUUUUGUGAUUUGUUCGUAGCAGUUUUAGCUUCUCGCCCUCCGAGGCCAACGCAGGUUUGUCUGUUCGCUUCCUGCUUGAAUAUUUUCGGGGUUCUCUUCCUCUCCGGACUCUACUUCCUGUUGUUUCUUUUACUUAACGGAGAACACAAAAAAAGAAACCCCCAAACCCCUGCUCGCUUACUGACCCUGCAUCCACUCCACGUUACUGUCCUGUCGCUGCAGACAGACGGGUCGUACCCUAAAACCACUUUUUAUCAGCGUCUGCAGCUCUUUUCAAACAGUCCUGGGGAACCUGGGAGAACACGGAGAACCACAAACAGUGAGGAACCCUCUGAAGGUCUCUGGAAAGCCCUCGAGUUUCUCAAAAGCCCUCGAGUCUCUGAAAAGCCCCCGAGUCUCUGGAAAGCCCUCGAGUUUCUGAAAAGCCCUCGAGUCUCUGAAGAGCCCUCGAGUCUCGGAAGAGCCCUCGAGUUUCUGAAAAGCCCUCGAGUCUCUGGAAAGCCCUCGAGUCUCUGAAGAGCCCUCGAGUCUCUGAAGAGCCCUCGAGUCUCUGAAGAGCCCUCGAGUCUCUGGAAAGCCCUCGAGUUUCUGAAGAGCCCUCGAGUCUCGGCCUCCUGUCUUUAGAUCAGCGCCGCAGCUGCAGGUGGAUUUCCAUCAUGGGUUCCUCUGCUGAUAUGGAUCCACGGAGGGAACCGGGACGUCUUUCCUCGGAUCAGCUGUUCAAACCCCUGGAUGAGUUUUAGUGUAGAACCAUAGGAGGAAAUAACAACCCCAUAAUAUUCACAUUUAAAACCCCCGGGACGUAAAUCCAUUACUUCUGCCUGUUUUCUGUCGUUUGUCUUUAAAAUAAUGUUAAAGCUGAAAGCGUUUUGAGAAAAGUUAACGGUUAAAUCUCUUUUAUUAACCCUUUGUCUUGAGAGUUUGUGAGUUAAAUAAAGGUUCCUGAAGGGUUUUAUUUCUCUGGCUUCACACCUGUAAUCUGAGAGCCAAUCAGAGAGCAGAGAGUGGCAGCUGACCAAUCAGGACGCAGCACUGUAAGUAACUUCCUGUCCAGUUUUUCUACACAUCGUUUUGUUCCUAAAGGGAUUUAAAAAAAUUAAAUUAAAAGGCUGUUUUUAUGAAAGCAGGCUUCAGAGAGACGUGUCUAUUUUCCGUGUGAUUGUGCUUUUCAUGUUGCAUUUACAAAAUGUAUUUGAAAUAAAGAUAUUAAUGAAUGUGAGGCGCUGUGGAGGAGCUGCUUUGUGAGUAAAAGACUCUUUAAAUAAACCCAACUGUCUCCUCG